AUGAGUUCACACUCUUCCUUCCUUCCAUUGUCUUCUCCACCCGAUUCACCCAGUCUCCUACUACCCCGGCGCCCCAGUCUAGAACCCGACCGCGAGAUCCUUACGACCCGCGGUCAACGCAUAUGGACAUUCCUACCCAGUCGCACAUCCAGCCCAGCUCUACAAGACCUCAGCGAAGGGUCCGAACCACCAAACUCGGUACACCGAGGCCCCUUGCUUAUUGGACAGAAAAAUGCCCGCUAUGAAUGGCAACGCUACUACCGAUCGCCCGAGUCAUUAAAGGGUCUGCGAAAACCACUGCGAGAAUACUACGAGAAGAACAAUACCCUAAUCUCCCAAUAUCUCUACAUCGAUCGCCUACUGGAUUCUUCUCUACCCCACAACCUGAUCGAAGACUACAAUGGAUGUCAUCACCAUGCGCCAGCAGAACAGGACUUUCUCGAGCCAGAUGCCAAUCCGAUAGAUCAACGACCUGGUAAAUCCACCAAAGAAUCCAGAAUCAAGCGCACGCCUCACAAUCUAUACCGGAUCCCCGAUGAAACUGCGCCGUUACUCUCACCACCAGAGGAGGAGCCAAGUAUCUACAAUUCCAUACCAGAUAUCGAGUCACACGGCAGCAUGUCGCCAGAAAAAGAAGAAAAGCUGAUUAACCUAGCUGUCCGCGUCAACUUCGUGGCGAAUGUCGUCCUCCUCGGUUCCAAGAUCGGUGUCAUGGCCUUGACAAGCUCCAUGUCCGUUCUGGCAGGUCUUGUCGAUGGAGCACUUGAUUUUCUCAGUACGGUGAUCGUCUGGGUUACUAUCACCCUGAUUCAGACGCAGGAUCGCAACCGGUACCCGAUUAGUCGACGCAGAUUGGAACCGUUGAGUGUGUUGGUGUUCUCGGUUAUUAUGGUCACGUCCUUCUUUCAGGUUGCACUCUCGUCCAUCAAUAGGCUGAUUGGGGAGGAUCAUGCUAUUGUUGAGCUAACGAUGCCGUCCAUCGUGCUUAUGGCUGCGACGGUCAUUAUAAAGUUGCUUUGUUGGAUAUGGUGUCGUUCGAUCCCUAGUCCGAGUGUGCAGGUGCUUGCGCAAGAUGCCAUGACAGAUGUCAUAUUCAAUACUUUUAGUAUUAUCUUCCCAUUGAUUGGCGCAUUCGCACGUCUUUGGUACCUGGAUUCACUAGGAGGUGUUUUCCUCUCCAUCUAUAUCAUGUGGAACUGGGGCGAGACGGCCGGCGAGUAUAUUCGCCGUUUGACGGGUGCAGCCGCCUCAGCCACCGAUCACAGUAUCCUGCUGUACAUGACUAUGCGUUUCUCGCGAGUAAUUCAAAAAGUGCAAGAUCUCAAGGCUUACUACGCUGGCGAUAAGCUCAAUGUCGAGGUAGACUUGGUCGUCGAUGAGCGGACUAGCCUUCGGGAUAGCCAUGAUGUAGGAGAGAGCCUGCAAUACAUUCUGGAGAGUGUGCCGACCGUGGAUCGAGCCUUUGUUCAUUUGGAUUAUGACGAGUGGAACCUUCCAAGCCAUAUGAACCAGCUUGAUCGUUGA